AUUUGCAGUAAUGCAGCACGUCCGGAACUGCGGACCCCAAUUGUUCAUUAUCAGUCGUAAGGGUGGUACCCUGUUGGCGAUAAAUGAUUUUAUAUAUCGCUCCAAUUUAAAGCGCUUCGGAAGGAAUAGCGACAAAGUAUAUUGGGAAUGUAUUCACAACCGUUCUAAAAAGUGCCGAAGUCGUUUAAAGACUAUUGGUGAUGAUCUUUAUGUAACAAAUGAUGUUCAUAAUCAUAUGGGUGAUGGUCAACGUAUUGCCGUGGCAAGGCGUGCUGGUUUGUUAAUUUAUAAGAAAUUCAGUUCAAUAGGUCAAAAUGUAGGAAAGUUAGAGUGUAUUAAUCAAAGAAUUCCCUUUAAAAGUGAAUUAGUUUAAAUCUACUUAAGGGCAGGAUUUUUUUAUUUCCAGGAAAUAUUUUAUGUACGGAAACAUAAUAAACAUUUGCAUGCUCAUUCCAGCGCCUUCGAUAUAUCAAAACCGCCGAUUUUCACCGUUAACAUGACGCUUUUUAAUAAAUCUUUGACAGAUAUAUGUAUUACUUCUAAAUUUUUAAGAUCUCGCCUUUUUCGGCUACCACUCCAUACAUCGUGAAUUUCGGUUGGGCGGGAGGAGGACAAACGUUGGAUUUUUUAUCAUGUCGGAAUUCGAACACUACUUCUUCUCUUCUUAAUUGGCGCGAUAACCGCUUACGCGAUUUGAUUUGUUGCUACGGUGUAAAUCGUUCACCAUACACAUGCAUAUUGUUGUCGCCGUCAUUGACCUUGGGGUCCCGACUACCAUGGAAACAUUGUAAAAGACCUUACAUUUACGAACAUGGUACAAUUCUAUAAUUACACCUCAGUUUAUAGGCAAAGUUUAGAUUAUUUCGGACAUAUUACAAAAUGCUAAAAAUACCAUGUCCUAACAAAUGUAUGGCUAAGAUCAAAAUAACGGUUGUAUAUAAUCGCGAACAUCCACCAUGGCUACGCCGUCCAAGAAUAAGUAGUUUAGUAUACAAAAUGAUGGCUAAUUUGUCAUGUUGAUGUAAUUGCGUAUGUUGAAUAACUCCUUCCAGCGAAGCGAAAUCGUAAUGCAUUGCGAAAAUAAGACAAUUUUCCGUUUAUUAUACCAUUAAUAUUAUAUAUGUACAUAUGCAUAUACUUAAAUGUGUAUAUUAAGAGCCAAAAUAUGAUAAUAAAUUAGUGCAUUGGAUAUCCUAAA